CGUCGUAAAGCUUUAUUCCCAUACCGCAAAUAACCACUUAAACUUCUCGAUAGUACUAAGCAAAAAACACCAAGAUGGCGCACCCCGUUUUCACCGUCGACUCUCAGGAGAAUAUCCAGAAAAAGGCCCAAAUCCACUUACUACCAUGUCGCAUACAUCAUGAUGGUGAAGUCAAACCAGUUGAAACGUACUGGAGCCCCAAUGAGAGUGAAGACCAGAUAAAGACGGCUUAUAUCAGAGGCCGUAAGCUUCAUGGCAAAGUUGUGAAGUUGCCGGAAGGUUAUUAUGGCUCCGUGGUUGAGAAGUCAACGCCAAAGAAGCCAGACCAAAGUCGAGAGGAAAUGGUUGAAGAUCUUGAAAUUAUAGAAGACCCAGAAGACCAGCUCGAAGUAGGUGUAAUGCAAGGAAAGGGAACUUUUGAUGAAUUUGUGGUCUGGAAUCACGAGACCUUGGCCGACUCAACUGAAGAUCCGUACUUGAGAGGUAUGGAAGAGUGGAUAUCUUUUGCAGGACAGAUACAUUCAUAUCCAUCUGGAAAAGCCUCAGAUAACUAAACUCGAUUAUAUGAUAUUCCUUGGGAUUCGGAGACUUAUAUUAUAUUAUAUUGUCUUGUAGGGAAUCUGGCAUACGGGUCACUCUUGGUUUAAGGGCAUGGUGUUCAGGAGUUCACUCACCCAGGUGACAGUCGAGACAAUGGGUAGAUACAAGGAACUUAUAUGUCUUAAUAGAAUCCAAAUUUAAAGGUUAAUAUACUAGGCGGCCAAUAUAAGAGAUUGUAUUGC